CGGUAUCGCAUAGCGUCCGGUGAGCAGCGGCACACGACGGCAACAGCAGCAGCGGCACCAGUACCCGACGGAAGCAUCCACCGCCACCGCCGCCCGCAAACAGCAGUAGUCGGUGCGUCAGUCAGUCGGCGUACGUCGCGUUUAUCGCACUUGUUAUCGUCGCCGCGCCGCCGUCGUCACCGUUGAAUUCGGACCGAAGGCACGUCGUUCAUUUUCGUAAUACUACCCCCGAAAACUGUUUCCAAACCGAUUGUUGUUUUUUUCAACUGAAAUAGUGAUUUGCGUCGAGAGAUCAUUUCGUUUACGUCGUCGGUAGAUGUUAAAUAAAUUUUUGUUCGCAAUUCAUUUUACUAUUUAAAAUACUUUACAUUGAAGACAUUCAUUAGCGACAUGUCAGUGCCAAAGGAUUCGGCCGAUGUCGUAUCGAGCACCCACAGUUACUUUGUAAAUCCGAUCCCGAUCACGGAGAAGACGUCGCCGGUCAGCCCGGACUGGAUCUCCUGCAGCAUCUACAAGGUGACACUUCUACCAUCGUGGAAAAGGAACGAAAACUGUCUGAAAUGAUUCUGCAGUUGCAACUGUUCAGAGAGCAGCUCCUCACGCAACAGGAUCAUCCGAACAAGAGCCAGUUCAAUCAUCUCAAAGGUUUACCUGGUUUAACUCAUCCUCAGUCGCUAUUUUUCUUGCCGUUGUUAGAUCAGUUACGUGGCUUAUCACAGUGCAAUAAUGCCUCCACAGCGAUGCAACAGGGCAAUCAACAGCUUCAAGCUACCACGAUAGCCUCAACAAAUUGCAAUAGUAUCCCUACACCAGUAUGGCCCAACACUAGGCCACCGUCUUCAUCUUCAGCUAGCCCAUGUUCUUUGCGCCAAGAUGGUGCAGGUACUCCACAACAGUUGGUAUCUACUGCCGAUCCAGAUGCCCCUUUGAACUUGACCAAACGUAAAUCACCAACUCCACAACCUUUAGAUCACAAACAUCAGAACCAACAGCAUUUGGCAUCUAAUAUGUUUCCACCAAGGAGUACACCACCAGCGAGUGGAGUCUGGAACUCAACAUCACCACCAGCUACAACUCCUGGAUCAGCCAAUAGACGUUCUGGGUCCGGUCAAGGGCUGGUUAGCCCUCCGGCUGCAGCCACCCCUAAGCUUCUACCACCACCCAUUCCUAUGCCCAGAGGUUUUAUGCCAUAUGCUGGUAUCCCACCACAUUCUUCUGCCGGUAAACUGAGUCUAUCUCCCGGUAAAGAUGGAGACAAAAUAUCACCAUAUUCCGGACUUCAGAUGUAUGCACAACAUUCUUCUCAGUUACAUAGAGAUGAACAUUCCGAAAGCAUGGAUUUACCAUGGGGACCUAAUGAUCCAAAUUUUAAACUAGCUGAUGAAUCGGGUGAUAGAGGCCGAAUGAUACGGCAACAGAAAAAAGACGGUGAACAUAUAAAGAGACCAAUGAACGCAUUUAUGGUUUGGGCUAAAGAUGAAAGAAGAAAGAUCUUAAAAGCUUGCCCAGACAUGCACAAUUCAAACAUUUCCAAAAUAUUGGGUGCUCGAUGGAAAGCUAUGACAAAUGCUGACAAACAACCUUACUACGAAGAACAAUCAAGGCUAUCCAAAUUACACAUGGAAAAACACCCAGACUAUAGGUAUAGACCUAGGCCGAAGCGAACGUGCAUCGUGGAUGGCAAAAAGAUGAGGAUAUCAGAGUACAAAACUCUGAUGCGACAACGGCGAAAUGAAAUGCGUCAGCUGUGGUACAGAGGUGAAGGAGCAGGUCCAUCCGGUUCUGGUGACGUGGCAGGCACAAGUUUUGGAUAUCCACCGGAUGGAUCUAUAUCGCCAUCAGACAUGAUGUAUUCACCAGUAAAUUCGCCGUCUUAUGGCGAAAACAGCCAUGACGAAGAUUAAGUGAAGCAGCUCCAUGACACACAAAUUAUGUUAAAAAGGUCACAUCUCGUUGAUUUAUACAAAAAAUUAACUGUUGUACCUUAUUUUUUAUCAUUAUUAUUUAUUUAAAUAAGAAUCUAAAAUAAACUUUAUUGUUAUUUUGUUAUGAAUUAUAAUUAUUAUUUUUUAUUAUUUUUUUAACAGCUCUCCUCUAGGAAUUAAUUAGGGCCAGUACUGCUAUGUUUUAAGUGCAGAAAAAAUAGGGAAAUGUGUAUAUUGUAUUUUUUUUUCUUGUGUAUAAGUUUACUAUUAAAUCUACUCUGUUCCAAUUAUAAUAUGUAAUUUAAUAAUUAUGCCCAAUAUUAAAUGUUGUGGUUAUUUAGAUAUAAUAUUAAUAGGUUUUAAUUUUAUUCCAUUAUAUUUCUUAGUUCAUAAUACUUUUUUGUGAUAAUAAUAUUUUUAUUUACGCGUACAGUAUAAUAUAUAAUAAUUUGUAUUAAAAAUAAGUGUAAUUGUAUAGAAAUAAUUGUUAUUAAAAGAUUCGUAUGUAAAUGGCAUAUUUAAUUAUACAAUGUACAAUGACGGUGCGUUAGCUUGCUACUUAAAUUUGUUGAACUUGAAAAUAUGUUCAAUAUUAUAAAUUAUUGAAAUAUUUUAAACAAUUGGGUGGUGCCAAAUAAUUAUAAUUAGUACAGACGAAUGUCGGCCUUAUGAUCUCUGUUUUAUUUUAAUGUGUCUGUAAUUAAUUAUUGUGAAUAAUUUUAAUAAUAUUAAAUGGACAAAAAUUUGUUUUUA